UGGAUAGCGCCUAUGAUGUUGCUUUGUUAUUGUUUUGAAUGAAUUCCUCUGGAAGCAUUUUUAACUUUCGUGAUAAUUUUGCUCGAUUAAGAAGGCUUGAAGUAGUUAACUAGGGUUAUGAAUUGAAUUUCGCGAUUUUUUGGAAUAAUCCGUUAUCUGGCCAUGUUGCCUUUAACUGUGAUGAAAGGAAGGUGUACGGGGGUUGAGGUUAUAAAUUUGGGGGAAGUCGAAGAUGAGAUUAUCGGUCCUUUGUUCCAUAAAGCGAUUGAGUUCAAAUAGGGUUGUCUCGCUUUUUAAUGCAGCCAACACAAGUCGGUAUUUAUUGCAAUCUUUCGAAAGACGUCCGUCUUUAGGACAGAAUGGUAAUAUAUCUUCCAUUGCUCUUUGCGGAGGGACGGCCUACGAGUUUGGAAAAAAUCACCAUUAACCAACUGGAAAAAUUUAUCCCUUUUAUGCUUUCGUGUUGCCCUGAUGUCUCAAAUGGACCUCCACUUUGGUGGUUAAGUGCUGUGCCCUACAAUGCUCCCCUUACCAAGGUUCCUGGUAUAACACCUCAGCGAUGGUUAAGUUUACUUAAACAACUUGUAUGCAGGUGCUAUGAAUUUCAUAAAUGUGAGCACCUCCUGAGGUUUUGUGCAAGGCUCUGCCAGUUGCCUCCAGACCGACUUCAUUUUAAAGAAACUACAGGUGGCUUCAUCAGCAUCAUUAAUAAGGCCAACAAUAAGCUUAUUGUUACCUUUAAAAAGAGGAACAAAAUUUAUGAUCAGAAGAGCUAUCAGGCCACCAGUCCAUUUAAAAGCCUGCUUCCCGUCAAAUGGAACAACCAACCACCAAGAGAGCAACCCAUUGAAGAUAUUUAUCUUUGUAACUAUUGUGAUUGCGAGUUCACAAGUGGGAAAGAUGCUAUUGCUCAUGAAGUUGUUUGUGAGGGCAAGGGAGAGGAAGACACCCGAAAUGAGGCCUUAGACCAGACUGCUGUUAUGAGGUACUUUGGACUUGCUCCUUCAAGAGCAUCACCAAAGAAAUUAUCAUCAGCAACCAAACGUGGAACUUCUGUAAAAUUGACAGGCAGAAGCUACAUGCAGAUCCCUUUCUCCUCUCCUCUUGGGAUCAAAAUGGGGGCUAAUGUUGCCAAGCUUAGCAAUGAAAUGAAAGUAGAAUACUCAAAUAAAAUUGAAUUGAAUUGCUGUAUGAAAAACACAAGCAGUAACAAUGCCAAUCAAACAAGAAGACCAAGAAGGAUAAUGGCUGCUCCUCGUUCUAGGAAAUUUAAGAAUGAAUUUUGGUCCCACACCUACUGCUUUAACAAAGCUCAGAAAAGGGAACAGUUAAUGACUCUGAAAACUGGGCUUAAUAAACGUGCCCGGCACUUACUUAAAAAGUGUAAAAGAGUUGCUGUUCUAGUUGAGCGUCUUCCUCUCCUAGACCCGUUGGCAAUCCAUGCAGCAGCAUCUUUAUCCCACCAAUAUCCAAUCAGUACAAAUAAUGAUAUCAAAGAAGAUGAAGCAAAAGCUAUUUGUAUAGAUCUGACUGAUUCAGAUGAUGAGAACUUGAAAGAAAAUUGUGGUGUUAGUUCCUCUGAUGUUUUUUUAAAUAGUUCAAACCACAAAAGACCACCUCUGCAUGAAUGGAGCAUGACACCUACUAGUAUUAGACAGAGUUCAGAGUCAGUCAGUGCACCUAUAUCAAGUUUUACAUCUUUGACAACUUCUUCACUUUUGCCCAUUCCUUCCUUAUAAUAAGUAGUGCAUUCAAGUUAUUGAUGUACUGUUCAUUAAGUUGCGAGGCAUUUUUGUUGAUGUGUAAAUCCUUCAUGUUUAUAGUGUGCAGCAUAGAAUGAUUGUUUUUAGUCCCCCCCUCUUUUUUUCUAUAACUUUGCAAGAAAUACAAUUAAGUAUAUAUUGAAAUGAUUGAUUUGUUACACUAAAUAUCUCUAUUAUUAAUUGAUGUUAUUGCUAUCGAUGUUUCUCUUUGUACUCGUCAGGUUUAUUUUAGCAUUUGUUCAUUAAAGACCUGUACUGCCAUUUUA